CUAGAGUCGUCAAAACGAGGUCAUAAGCGUUGCCAUGGCAAAUCUGGCCUAGGCAUAUUUGAAAUGGAUUAUCGAUAAAAAUAGCAAAAUGUUGCGAACAAUUCAUCAUAAAACAUCAUGAAAACAAGAGCGUAUGGAAAUGAAAUUUAUACAAAAUAAGAAUUUGUAGACUGAAAAACAGAAGUUUGAAAUGCCACCAAAGUCAAAAGGCAAGAAAAAGAAGAAAGGGAAAGGCUCAAAGUCCCAUGAUGGAAAGUCAAAAGGAAAAGAUGAAGAAAUAUUAACCUUCAAUGAAGCUGUUUUAUUAUAUCAACUUCAAGCUAAACAACAGCAAUAUAAUGAAGUAUCAAGUGAUAUUGAAGACUUUAGAAGAAGAAUUAAAAGACAACAGGAAAGGAACAAAUCCCUGAAGUUAGAGAAACAAAAAUACAUGAAGGAGGCGAUCCGCAAAGCUAAGGAACAGGAGGUAGAAAUGCAAAAGAGAACCGAAGUUACCUACGAAGAAGUCGAAGCUGCUUUGAAGGAGAAACUAGCAGCAGCGCGAGUUGAAGAGGAGCAAGUCAAAGAGUUGAAGAAACAAAUAUCAAGAUUGAUAGAAGAGAUUGCGGAAGUAAAUCUAGAAGUUGCAAGAUUUGUGGAUUUCAAGGACCGUCAAAGGUUCGAAAACGACACUCAUAUAAAAUUGCUGAAAAAGGAAAUGGAUGACAUGCACGAGUCGUACGGAGAAUUAUCAGAAUUUUUUGUCAAAAAUUUGGAAAACGUCAAGCUUCAGAUAGAAAGGGCUACCGAAGAAAAUAUUACCAACGAAAAGAAGUUGGCUUCGGAGCUUGCAUUAGAGUCACUUGAUAGCUCCAGCCACCAAGAAUUCUCCGAUAACAAAUGGCUUUUGCAAGAGGUUCAUAUACACCGAGAGCAUUUGGCAGAUAUUUCAGCAAUUGUCGAUAAACUUGAGAAAGAGAAUGUGGAAACCAUGGGUGAUUUGCUGCGUAAUCAGUUCGAGGACGUCAAAAUCAGCAGAGACUUCUUUUCCGCGUGCAACUCUUCGGAUGAUGAAAGCGAGAACGAGGAAGGUUGCGAGGAAAUUAUCGCAUCACAUUUUGAUGACGGUGACACAGAAAAUCAAGUGGAUUCCAAGUGGCUCGAUAACUAUUUCUCAACUUUUGGCGACGACGCGGAAGAGGAUAAUCAACGCUUGGCUCCGAUGGACUUAAAGCUGCUUUGUGUCGUUGGAAAAAAGAAAAAAAUUCACACAGAAAUAUCAGAGAAGGAGCGGCGUCGAAUUGAGUCUGCACAAGACCGUGCUGUGGAUAAGAGUUUGAUCUGGUUGAAUCAAGAAAUUUCUUAAGCAACAGAUCAGUUCAGGUUCCAACAUCAUUUCUUUUUUAAAAACGUGAUAAUGAAAAAGGAAAAAAUGUUUUCAAACCCACCGCACAUUUCACUUAUAACAGCAAUUGCUAGUUUAUCACAUUUUACUUUUUUGCUAAACUGGUUGGAGUAUGCAACCAUUCAAUACUUUGCCUAAUAUUUCGAGACUGCAUCUAGUUACGCCAUGUUUUUUCUAAGUAUUUAAAAACUAUUAGACUCGUACUUGACGCAUAAAAUGCUGGAAUUGCAGUAACCUAAUUUGUUUGGGUCUUCUAUAUCCGCCUUUUACAUUUGGUAAGAAAUUGAAAUAUUGGAAAUAUUUUCGGUUGAACAGAUAGCAGCAAUUGUAUUUGCCAAUGCACAAAAUUGUUGCCUGUUUUAUUUUAAAUGACAAGAAGACAAUAUUUUGGGCGAAUCUUUUGCGCGAUUGCAAAUACUUUGUGAUUCAGCUCAUGUUUUGGCAGUGACUUAACUAGAAGAAACAACCCUAGUUACCAAUAUUUUGCUUAGGCACCCUAGAAUAUACAUACUUUGUUCUGUAGAUGCUGUGCCUGCAAAAAGCAUAUUUCUCUUUCUAUUGGUUUUGAAUACAUCUUCAGUGUGCUAUUUCCCAACACUUUUGGAACCUUUUACGGACAUAUAAACUUUUAACCGAUGACGUAGAAAUGGACGCCUUAUUUUUACUACGACUUCCACCAGCACCUCGUGUUUGAUUUCAUCUAUUCCAGUCCACUCAUUUCGCAGCAAAACGAAUUACUAUUCUGCUCCAUAUAGGCAAUAAUAGUUCUAACGACAGCUAUCGCAAUAAUGUAUAUUUCAUUCAUCUUAAGCGGAAUGUAUAUCAAAGCCCAUAACCAAUUCGAAAAGGCAGCAAAGAAAAGAGACAAAUACCAAAUUCAAUCUGCUUCUUUGAUAUUAAACUUUAAAGUCGUCUGUUAAAGCAAGAACCUUGCCAAUGGCAUUUCAGAGACGCUGGCGAACAAGUUAAUCACUAAAGUUUCUUAGUUCCAAAUCUAAUCACUAAACGUUUCUUAGUUAAACCUUUUAUAUCUCACAUAUCAUUAGAGGAGAUUCAAAUAAUCGUUUGUAAACAUGGCUUUGUGCGGUUAUUUUAUACUCUAUUCAGUUGUUUCAAAUAUUAUUUAUUUCUUCGAAAUGAUAACAUGCUCUUUGAUAAGAUUGAUUCCUCUUGUCCUAUUUACCAUUAAUAGUGUGCAUCUCUAUUUAACAGUCAAUUUAAUCAGUUAUCUUCUUCUAAAGGGUCAUCAUUCGCUCCGAAAACCCCACGGCAAGGCUCUUUACAUAAGAUCGCAAAUAAAAAAUACAUUCUCUCUCUAACUAUAAAUGGAAACGAGGCUGUAUAAAAUUGACACAGAAUGUUUGCUGCUGCAAGUCCAAAACAAGACUAAAACACAACCAAAAUGAAGGUAGAAAUUCUGAAACACGUCAAAGAACUGUACAAACGCAAAGUAAAACUACAAACGUCCUUUAUCAUCAUAAAUACUCUAAUAUGAAACUAAAAAAGUUUUAAACCGUAAAGAAAAUGUCGGCCAUACAAACGGCCAUCUUUCUGGCGAAUGGGUUCGUAUCAAAUUGGCGCUUGUAUUGUGAAAUUUUUUUGUUCGUUUUGUUUCAAUAAGCUGUGAUUUUCGAAUAUCAAAGCUGACAUCCUAGCACAUUUACAAAAUUAGCGGAUUAAUUUAACAAUCAAGGAGUCCACACUUUAAGGACCAAAAAAAUAUAACUUUUCACUGUCUAAAGGAAUGCAAGACGUUUGUGAGAGUUUUCGUAAACAACGAGACGAUGAAUUAUUUAAGUAUUGUGAAUCUCCCACUGCCAGGGGUUCUAGUAAUAUUUUGAUGUUUACAAAAGCUUUGUGGAAAUAUUUUUCAGCUGUACUUCAUACUCUUAUAAAAAAAUCCUUCAACUUUCCGUUUUUCAAAAAUCUUUAUGAAAUCUCUUUUAAUAUUUUUAUAACCUAAUCAUCAAGCUUAAAUAUAGAUUAAUGAAUGUUCUUACUGUAACUAGUUAGUUGUACAAGAUCAGCAUUUUGCAUAAACUCAAGAUCAUCGAAGUUAGGAUUUGCAACAUGACAGCUUGGAAACACUCUGCAAAAUUUCACUUGAAAGGAGCUUCGUUUGUUUUUCGAGCACUAUGUUGAUUUGUAUCUGACAAACUUCUUAUUUCUUUGCAAAUUUUCCUCCCUUUCAUGUUUUGCUUGUGUUCUGAAUCGGAAAGUUCAAUUUACAGAUUUUUCUAUUAGACUAGUUAUCACAAGUAUAUUUUUUCAAACAUUAUCUGAACAUAGAACACAAAAGCAUCCUACAAACAAAAUAUUUUAAGGGGAAUCAAAUCGACAUUGCAAGUCUCUACCUCAAUCAUAAAAUUUUAAUUUCCUGCAAUUUAACUUUUAAGCUAUAGAUUUCAUAUUUCAAUCGACAGAAAAUGCUAUGUCUUACCUAAUAAGUCUAUAAUAAGAUAAUGCGUUUCAACAAGUUAAACAUUUAUCUGUAUGACGUCACGAAACAUCACAGUUCAGCUGUGACUUGGUUCCCCGCCCAAUGGACCAAGAUGCCACGUACGCCUCAGUGGUAGGCCAUUUGUAUUCAGGAAAACUUAAAAUCAUGUACUGGACUGGAUUAAAUGAGUCUUGGCAGGGAAAUCUGCUCGCUUAGACUGUCAGGCCAAUAAGAAAAUCAUUGAAAAGCUUUUACGAGGGUCAGUCGAAUAACAUAGAGAAGUCGAAUAACAUAGAGAAGCUGUGGGAUUUUUAGACAAACAGCACAAUGGUUUCAUACACAAAGCGUGGUCGAAUGUACGCACGCUUGUUCGAAAGUAUUCGAACACGAGUUUCUUUCGAAUCCUUUUGAUUUAUCAAUUUUAGGUCCUUUUCCUCUUUGUCCUUCUUUGUCAUCCAUGUCUUAUAAUGUAAUAAAUUGGGCCUAGAUACCACGUUUGAACGUUUUAAGUUAUUCUAAAGUAUACUGCUUGCUCGCACCUUUGCCUUAAAAACGACAUAACCAAACUUACCGUUAACACUUUUUUGUUGUUCUUGGCAAAGCCAUUUUCACAGAUCCACUCGAGGUGCAACUAGGACAAACUUUCAUAAGCUUUUCCUCUUUUUUUGGUAUGUACCAGCAUCUGAUACAUCGAACGCGGUAUUUUUUCCAACGUAUACCACAAGCAUUGCAAAGAUGGGUGCCAUCUUCAGCAUCUCUCCAAAGCGGUGUCUUGCUUGUUCCGCAAGAGGCACAUUCUUUUUCGACAUUAAUCGGCACGACUCCUAAGUCUUCUUCGCAACUGGGAGACGAGCUGAACGAAGGUGAAUCGCCACUAUCUUCGCUACAAAAUGGAUCUGGAUUGUUGGACCACGAGCUGCUUCUUGAGCUGAACAAACGCACGGGCGUUUUGCAGUUUCUUCGCCUUCCCGUACGUCGUGUUGGAAGCUUGGUGUCAGAGCAUGGCUGUGAUUUAGGGCGCUUGCUGGAGGAUGAUGACGAUAUAGAGAAGACGGAAUCAAUGAAAACAUCGGGUGUGAAUUCCUCCAGACUUACUGACCUCUUUAUUCCCGACCUUACGGUGAAUAUGACACCCUUUAUUGACGGAUCAGAUUUUGUUGCACUUUUUAAUGGACGGAGGGGCUUUCUUGGGGUUACUCUACCUGUAGGAGAUUGGCGUGGGGUAUAAGUCACUUUAGGCGCGCCGAUGUCUGUGUCGUGGUUUGCAUCUUCGUGGACAUUAUAUGGGUUGAUACUUUCAAAUGUGUAGGAUUGUUUUCCUUGGUCGCCCCUUCAAAAAAGACAAAGAAACAUUUUAGCAAACAGACAUUAAUCAACCAAAAAUAAAGAGCAUGAGUGCUGAAGUUAUUUUGAAGUAGCGCAUGAUCAGAAAAAACUAAUUCUGCAAAUACUUGUGUUUUGCAGUCAUAUCGUUGUUGUGAAAAUAGUCUGAAAAAAAUAAUAAUAAAGCAAAAAAUAAGUCGCCCCCAAAAAUAAGAUGCUGACUGGAAAGGGAAGAGCACAAAAUCGGCUCAAAAGUCGUUGCUCCGCGAGAGUUUGAGCUUCCCUUGUGUGAUAAAAUGUGCAGGUUGUAAAGUUGUGAUGUGUUGAGGUCUCUCUGGGGCAAGAUUAUUCGAAUUUUCAGGCAACUAUCGAAAUGUUUUGUUUGAAAAGUGCUUCUUUUCGUUUCCUUUCGAGUUGUUUCUAAAAAUGUGAUGCCAAUUGUUUAAAUGUCUCUACAUCGAAAGAAAUUCCUUUCAUCCUUGCAUCGAAUAAAAGAUUUUCGUUGGUCCCAUAGGACUCUAUAUGAUGAGAGGUCGAGAAGUGUUUUCGCGAAGUGCAUCCCUUCUCCUUUUUGAUCAUGGAUAAAAAAUUUACAGGUUUUACUACCAAAUUAAAGGAAAAUUAAGUAUCUCAGACAAUAUUCAAUCUGUUAAUGGAAACAAAUUAAAUAUGAACCCUGAAGGGAUUCAACGAAUCUACAGUACUAGCAAUGUUCGACCUCGUGCGGAGCUUUGGUACUCAGAUUCAAAAUCUCGUAGAAAGGUAAUACAACAUGUGACUAUUAACCUUUGAAGGAUUUUGAUUUUGUUUAUCUUGUUUCGAAAAAGCAUGUGAAGAUCGCUAGCUUGCCCACAGGUAUGAAAAAACCAAGUAUUAUAUAAGUUUUGAAACCCGAUAGAUUGUUUCCACGCCCAUCUGUGCCAAAAAUCAGUCACAUUUCAGGAAAUCAGUAUGAAGCAGAGAGAAUAUCAGUUUCAAAUUUACAAACUUUGGGUUGAAAUUACCUUAUUGAUGUUGCAGAGAACUUAUUGCACAGCGAAAAUACUUCAUCAUCAACAUCUUGCCCAGGCCCAAAAUCUAUCGCCUGCCAAUGCUUAUCACCGCCAUUCAGCCUCAUAAUACGACCUUUAGCUGGUCUUCUUGCGAUGUGAAAUGGUAUAUUUUCCUUUUCUUGCAUUUCUGUAUCCAUCCUUUACCAAUAGGGCCAAUCUAGUUGAGAAGAGAUGUGUAGACAGAUUUUGGCGAGGUGAUCGCUGAUGCUACGAUUGGAAGGAAUUUGAAAUGGCGCGUGAUCGCGUGUUUGCAAAAAAGCGCGAAAAUAGACUAAACUAGGGCCCAGGGCUUCUGACCCAGCCACACUGUCAUAUAUCUGAAAGUUGUCUUUUUUAUAUCAGUUGCUACAUUUUGACGAGAUCAGUUUAUUUCAGCCACAAAAACUUGUCACCGCUGCAACCAACUUGAAAAAUGCAGAUUUUUAUUAACAGAAUGUUCACAGUACUCUCUUUUCACAUAUCUUGACAGGAAUAGAGCAAGUAGAAUCAAUUAUCCUUAGACUAAGAACCUUAGCUUUUAAAGCAGAGUCGAAAUUGACAUAACCAAAAUCAUACCUCAGAGGCAGUACUCACUUUCUAUCUUUCUACGCCUGUUUUCGACACCUACACCUUUCUAAACGUGCAUUAUGUUUUCAAUGUUCUUCUAAAAAUCUACUACACUACGUAGUAUUCGGAUGGUCAUAACAUUCCAUCAUCGUGAUGGUCACAUGUAAGUUAUUUUAGCCGCCUCCGCAGGUUGGAUUAGCCAGUCCCUUUGUGGGACAAUUUCAUGUGCCACCCCUGCAUCAAUAGCAUCAUCAAUAUCCAUGUGACCCGAGAGAAGCUCCUACUCUUUCCUUAUGUAAUUUAUAAACUGAAUUUAGGUGGAAUGCCUCAUCUAAUUACAUACGCAUAAAUUUGAAUAUAUAUGUGUAAAUACCGGCCUCCAGCCGUCGACAAAAUGCAUCAAGAAUCAUGUCAAGCACAGUAUACAAGCCAUCUCGCUUUGCCCCAUUUUAAACUUUAUAAAAAUGUCUCAAUUCUUAACAGAACCUUACGAUUGUUCAUUUGUAAAGGCUUGGCUUCUUUGUCAAAACACAAUUUUUAAAUUUUGAUUAUAUUGAAUUGCCUUCCACAUUCCAAUUUUGAUUUUUACAUAAUUUUCCCGCCAGCCUCAAGAAACUAUCAAACUAUCAAAAUCACAAUCGCUUUUAGUUUUUUUGUCAAAUCAUCCAAUUGAUGCCACUAAACCGAAAUCCCUGUUGAUAAAUAGCAUAUGUCCUGAAAUGAAAGGUCAAACUAUUAUUGUGUGAGUCUUUUUCAAUAUGGAGAUAAUGUAUGCUUUGUCUUUAUGCUUUCCUUCUACCAAGUCAUUCUGAAGCAAAAUGUAUCGCCAAAGUUACUGACAAGAGAUGCAAGCUUGGUGAUGGGGGAAGUUUACUUAUUCCUUGCUGUCGGUUAAUUGAGGAACUAAACAAAUUUGUUUCUGUUUCAAAACAACACAUUGAUUUGAUAAAUGAAAAAACACAACUUUUAAUCAAUAUUGUUGUUAUUUUCCCUGCUCAUUAAAAACAUGUUCAAAUUAUCGAGAUAAAUGUUCCACAGAGGUAUCGGAAUUUUUUUCAAUAUAGAAAAUGUUUGAAUGUUUGGGAGUUUGAGUUAUCGGGGUUUUUUAUAAAAUUAUUGCGCUAGAAUCAAGGGGAAUGCAAUAUCAGUUCGACGUAGCGAAUGUUUGAGUUAUCGGAGGCUCGAGCUAUUGGAAGUUUUCUGUACCAUUAUUGCUUUCAAGCUUUCGAUCAACGUCACCAUUUCCUCUUCCUCGCCAGUGGUGGCGCUAGGUUUCCUCCGACAAAGGGGCUAGCACUUCCGACGGAGGGGCUAAUUUUUUUAGAGAACGAUAGGGCUAGGGGGCGACAAGGAAUUGUAAGGGUACUGGAGACCGAAGGCGAGCGUUGCGAGCCGAAAAUUCGGGGGGUCCGGGGGUACUCCCCCGGGAAAAUUUUGGUGGCUACACCCAUUAGAUUGGCUAAAAAUGCUAUCAAAAUGGUGUAAUCGUGUUUUUUACUACGUUUUUUGACAUAUUACUAAGGGCACGUUUGCCCCCUCCCUUGCCCCUCCUAGCAAAGGGCAGGAGGGGCGCUUGCCCCCCCGCGCCCCCCUUCUCCGGCGUCCCUGGAAAUUUUUUUGAAAGCUGCCUCUAGAUAAGCUUAAAACUACUCUAAAUCUUUACAACUCAUCAAACGUUGCCAAUUCAAGUAGGGCCUAUCUUUGGAAAGUAUGAAUUUAAAUAAAAAGCAACCAACUGAACUUAAGGAAAACUGGAACACAACGUAACUUUAUAGGAACAGACCUAAGCGGUGGAAUACGCACUUCUACAUAUCGAAAAUUCAAGUCCAAGAAUCAAAAUUGUUUCACAGAGCAAUUCUACUCUUCGGGAACUUAGCCUUAAAUCUGUCUACUACUGAGUCCAAGUCAAGAGCACUUCCACGGGCACGAUGAAUACCUAGCAUCAUCAGACUGUCUAGACGCUCGUCCUUCAUAAGUGAGCGCAGAUCACUCUUGAUGAGGCGCAUAGAGCUGAAGCUGCGUUCACAUUCGGCUGAAGAGACUGGCAAAGUGCAUGCGAUGGAUACAAGCCGGUGCAGCUCAAAGAAAGCUUCAUUUAGCUUUUCCAAGUGUGCCUCUAGUUGCAGAAGUGUGCUUGGGCGGUGUUUUUCUUCUUUUCUUGAGAGCAUAUAUUUAAAUGUGGCAAUUUCACUGCGUAGUGCACCAAUUUCAGACUGAAAAAGCUCAGCAAAAUUGACAAGAGUUGUUGGGUCCAAGUAGCUUUUCGACUUGGGGGCCAAUGCAGUUAUGCCUUUCAUGAUCUUUAUGUUUUUUUCGUCAAACCGCUUGCAAAGUUCUGCAGUUGUUCUGUUUAGUAUUUCUUUGACAUUUUGUACGUAGCCAUCAAACCCGCUUGCUACUUGAGGCUCUGAAGAUGCUUCCACAACAAACUCUCGAAGAGAAGCAGGCGUUGCCCUCUUUCUUGGUGGUCUUUUUUCUUCCGGCAAUUCCAAGCGAUCCGCUGCUUCUUCGGCAGUAUCCCAGAACUCUUGAAUCUUAUCCCUGCUUUGACAGUCAUCCAGUUCAUCUUUCAAUGUUGCAAUGAGAUCAAUGGCUUGACUCAAAUCAUUGGAGGGUUUCUGCAACAUGUCAGACGCAAAUUUGGCUUUGUUCAAGACGUGUCGGAUGGCAAACAGGUAUCUCACAAAUUUCCUGUCAAUCUGCAGAAGAUAACCAGUAGCUUCUGUUCUGCGACCGGGGUUCGUAUCUGUGUCAAUCACAUCCUGCAGGACUUCCACCAAGAUAUCCAACCGCUCCCAGAAAACAUUGAAUUGCUUCGCCUGGCAAGACCAUCUCGUGUCAGAAACUUUUCCAAUUUCCAUCACAUGAACCUUGUGAUCCUCUUGGACCUUUACCCAUCGUACAUGAACGGUGCUGCUGCUCAGAAAAGAAUGCAGGCUUCUGAAUAGCGAUAUCAUGUCUGCCACACAACUGAUUGAUUUCACAACAUCGACGAUCACAAGGUUCAAUCGAUGACAAAAGCAAUGGACGUAGUAAGCCAUUUCAGCACCGGUUUUCAGAGGAAGUUUCCUUUGAACGCCAUUCAGGUGACCAGAAACAACAGAAGCUCCAUCGUAGCCUUGCCCCACGCAUGCUUUCAUGUUGGCUUCGA